CAGUACCAAAAAAUGAAUUGUUUAUCUGUUCUUACGAUUGCGUCUGACUCAUUUUUGGCACCGAUGCAAUGAGAGACCCGUAGAAUGAACCUGACCACCGCCAGCUGAAGUCACGUUGGAAUAAGACAUUCCUACAAUUUGACUUCCCCUGCAGAUUCAUCAUGGUGCCAUUUAAUACACUGCCGAAGACUAGGGGUCCCAAGUACACCGUUGUGGGUUCAGGCGCCAUCCACUCCCAUCGAGAUUACAACGUGGCCGUGGCUGUUCAUCACAUCUCGGAGCCAGUUGCCUUGAAAGUGGGCAUCCUAGGGCCCUCAUUCGAGGAAUUCCAGACCGUUGAGUUGGCCAGUUGCGCUGAGUUCCGGCAGAUCACCUUUAAGCUGCCGCCCCUGGAGCAGGGUGACUAUAGUCUGGUCGCCGAGGGUGUCAAGGGGCUGGAGUUCAAGGACUCCAUGAAGUUGUCAUGGAUGUAUUUCAAGCCGUUCAUCCGAAUCCAGACCGACAAGGGCACGUACAAGCCCGGCGAUACGAUCAACUACCGAGUGAUAUUUCUCAACGAGGACUUGCUGCCGGAAACAGCGGUGGACGAAGUGGUGAUCUGGUUCGAGGACUCCAAAGGGAGUCGCAUCAAGGAGGAGAAGCACAUCAAGACCGCCAGUGGAGUUUUCACUGGGAAAUUGGAGCUCUCCGAGCUUGCCACACAGGGAACUUGGUCCUUGCUGGUUCAGAAUGGCGAGCAGCAGUCAGGCGAAGAUUGGUUCUGCUAUAAUAGCCGUGGGUGCGAUAAGAGCACGUUCAAGGUGGAAAAGUACGUCCUGCCAAAGUACUCGGUUAAAUUGGAGGCCACGAAGCAAGUUUCCGCGAAAGAUGGAGAGCUAAACGUUUACGUGAAGGCCAGCUAUACCUAUGGACAGCCUGUAAGCGGCACUGUUUUGGUAAAUGUAAACCUGCUAGAACCCCGAAUCAUUGUGACAUCGGAUGGCACGAGGGUGCGCGAGUACUUCCCGCAGGGAGACUCGGUUAUUGGCACCGCCGACAUGGUCCGGGGCACGGCCAAGCUCACCAUGGAUCUGAGGCAGCUUGCCAGGGCUGUGACGGACGGGAAAAAAACGUAUUAUGGCCGGGUUACGGCCACCGUCAAGGAGGAGUUCACCGGCGUGAGGAUCAGCGAAUCGUGUGAUAUCCAACUGUAUGCCUAUCGUUAUAAGAUGUCCACCCUCGACCAUCCCAGUUUCCGGUUCGAGCCCGACAAGGAACACGAAGUAGCCUGCACGAUUACGUUCUUGGAUGGCACUCCGGUUACGGACACCAAGUCGGUGGUGAAGGCAACGUAUACCGAGGGAAUUCGAAAUAAGCGCAGCCAUCGGAUGCGGUAUUCUGAGUCAGAACUUCCCAAGAUUGAGGGGAAAACGUUGACCUUCGAGAGCCAUUUGAACGAGUUGGGAGUGGCGGUUUUCAAGGUGACUCUUCCCAGUUUGCCCGACGUCGCCCGGUUUAGAAGUUACUAUAGAAUGGCGCUGGAGUUCGACGGCGAGACGUGCGUGCUCUACGAUACUUACACCCCUAGGGAAUCCCAGAUUGAACCUUCCAGGUCAUUAAGAAGGGAGAAGGAGUGGUUCGAGGCUAAAGUGCAGUUGUCCAAGGACUCUACGGUGCUAAAAAUGAAUCGGGAGUAUCAAGUAACCCUCGACUCCAGUCGUCCUCUGAAUUACUUUGUGUACAACAUCUUCGGACGCGAAAACGUCCUGGAAACGAAGCGAGUCGAGCUGGUCGAGCCCCAGAACACCGUCAACAUCACCCUGAAGCCAACUUUUCUUACUGCUCCGCACGGUUGUCUGUUCUUCUACUACGUGGACGAGACUGGAGAAUUCCACUAUGCGGAGGUGACAUUCUCCGUGGAGAUGGAGCUGCAGAACAGGAUCGAAAUCGAGGCUCCCGAGGAGGUGAAGCCAGGUAGCGAAGUUGAGCUGGUGAUAAAGACGCCGCCAAAGUCCUUUGUCGGCCUGCUGGCCGUCGAUCAGAGUGUGCUCCUGCUGGGCAGCAACAACGACUGGGACAAGCGCUCCUGGGACUGGCGGACUCCCACUUUCCGGCGGAUACUAAACAUCGGCUUACCCCGAGUGUCCAGUGACGUGGUGACGAUGACCAAUGCCUAUUUCUACAAUGGCCCCUUUCCUUGCCACAUGCGAAGGUGUACGUUUUUAGAACUCAGUGGCGAGGAGGACAUGAUGAUCAUGUCAGCAGAGGCACUUGAUGGUCCGGUAGCCUUACCCCCUCCUGUGCGAAGGAACUUUCGUGAGACCUGGAUUUUCGACGACAUUGAUAGCACGGAGGAGGCGGUCUUCAAGUGGGUGAAGACCAUACCCGAGACGAUCACCAACUGGGUGCUCACCGGCUUUUCGCUGCAUCCCGUGAAGGGAUUGGGUGUCACCGAUGAGCAGGUGAGGAUCAGGACAUUCCAGCCAUUCUUCGUCUCCGUUCGCCUGCCCUUCUCCGUGAAACACGGAGAGGUGCUCAGCGUGCCAGUCCUGGUCUUUAACUAUUUGUCGAAGAAUCUGGACGUUGAACUGACCCUGUACAAUGAGGACGACGAGUACGACUUUGUGGAUGCCUCGGAUGAGGUUAUUGGCGACCAAAAGCGUUCGCUGAGAAUCCAGGUGGGCUCGGACGCAGCAAGGGGCGCCUCAUUCCUGAUCCGACCCAAGGUCAUUGGCAAUAUUCUACUGAAAUUCAAGGCCAUCUCACCGCUGGCUGGUGAUACUGUGCACAAAACGCUCAAGGUGAUUCCCGAGGGAAUCACCCAGUACUGGAACAGGGCCUUCUUCGUCAGUCUCAAAGAGGCGGGUGAAUACAAGAACACUUUCGACUUGAAAGUUCCCGAUGAAGUGGUUCCCGGUUCGGAGCGCGUGGAGUUCGGACUGGUGGGUGGUCUCCUAGGUCCUGUGGAGAAGAACCUGGACAACCUUCUGCGAUUGCCCAUCGGCUGCGGGGAGCAGACCAUGUCGAAUCUGGUGCCCAACUAUCUGGUCUGGGAUUACCUGAAGAGCAUCAAGAAACUGACGCCUGCUUUGGACACUCGCAUCAAGAGGAACCUAUCAAUUGGCUGUCAGAAUAUGUUGCGCUAUCGCCACGACAACGGCAGCUUCAGCUCCUUCGGACACCAGGUGUGGAGAACCGGGGAUUCGGAACGCGUGGGAUCCACCUGGCUAACAGCUUAUGUGCUGCGUACAUUCAGCAAGAUCAAGCAUAUCGUUGAUGUGGACGAGAAGCUUCUGACCCGGGGCUACGAGUUCCUCCUCAGCCGCCAGGCGGAAAAUGGAAGCUUUCGGGAUGAGGGAGAAAUCUUCUAUGGCUCCCAGCGAUCUCCUCUGACCAUCACCGCAAGUUGCCUCUUGGCUCUGCUGGAGGAAGAGAGACCCGACCAGGCGGCCAUCGACAAAGCUGUGUCCUUCCUCAGUUCAAAUACGGCGGAAUCCGUAGUGCUGCUGCCCCGGUUCAUAGCUAUCUAUGCUCUGCAAAGGGCCAAGGCUCCAGGAGCCGGCAAACUGGUGGCCAGCCUAGAAUCUCUGGCACAAAACGAGAUGGACCGCACUUGGUGGACCGCCUCCAGUUUGGGUGGGAGCCAUGAUGUGGAGAUCACCUCUUACGCCCUGCUUUCUCUCCUGGAAUCAGAGCAGGAGACGGCCGACACUGCUUUGAGUACAGUACGCUGGCUGGUGGCCCAGCGUAACAGUUUGGGAGGAUUUGCGUCCAGCCAGGUCACAGUGGUGGGUCUUACCGCCCUGACUAAGUUCGCCAAAAAGAUGGGCUAUCAGGCAGCCAAUUGGGAGGUGACCGUUUCCAAUAGGGGCAAGCGCGAAAAGACCCAGAGACUAUCUAUGUCGGGGGAGAAUGGGCUGGUGCUCCAAACUGUUGAGUUCCCGCUGGGCACCAAUUCCUUGGAGUUCGAGGCCAAGGGCUCAGGCGCUGCCCUCGUCCAGAUUAGCUGUCAGUAUAAUGUGGUGGAGAAGGAGCCGAAGCCAAGUUUCAAGGUUGAGACCACCGUCUUGCCAAAGACUUUGAAGGACAAACUCGAGUUGAGCGUUUGCGUGGACUACGUGGAGGAGGACCACGCCAACGAGUCGAACAUGGCCAUACUGGAGGUUUCCCUGCCCUCCGGGUACACUGCCUAUGAGGAAAGCUUCAAGGAAAUCCGAGAGGUCGAGCGUGUGCGGUUGGUGGAGACCAAGGAUGGCGACUCCGUGGUGGUUGUCUACUUCGAGAAUCUGUCGAGGGACGACAGCAAAUCCAUUCCUAUCGAGGCCCACAGGACGCAUUCGGUGGCCGACCAGAAACCAUCCUCGGUGGUUGUAUACGAUUACUAUGAACCGAGCAGAAGGGCCACCGAAUUCUACUCCAUCAACUCGAAGAUUAGCGAUAUUUGCGAAUCAGAUGAGAAAGAGUGCUGAAGUACUCAAAGCUACGAGAAUCAAAAGCUCUUUGUGUGUUA